CAAAAUUUUAACUCAUUGCAAUAAUGGUAAAAUAGAGGCCUGUCCAUGAUUUGGGGAAUAAAAAAGGGUGGGGACGUCCGGUUUUUCAUAGCAUCUCCUUAAGGGUGACCUAGAGCCAGAGUCUGCAUAUAUCUUGGUGUGCUCCUAAUCCUCCUGCAUAAUUUGAGAUGUGAAGGGAAAAAAAGAAGAAUCAUAUUUUUCCUUUAAGAGCCAAAAGAUGCUGGAUGAACAGGAAGUGUUCUCUCCAUAUGUCCUCCCUCGUAACUUUCAUUCCAUAUCUCUCAUCAUAAAACCCAACUGGUGGUUAGUAGAUAGGAAUUCUGUUACAGAUCGUCUAUCAGUAUUGCAAAAGCAUUGACAUAGAAAGACUUCUGUGGUGUGUCAUUUCUCCCUGGACUUGGAAUAAAUCCUCCCAUGGCUUAAACUUUUAACUUUGUAUACUGCUUCAGGAAUUUGUAGUAAACAUUUACUACAAAUCAUAAAACAGAUACAUUUAAUUGAAGACACAAGUCUGUUUUUCUCCUCAGUCCCCCAGAUAGGUGCACUCUUAACCUUCUCAAUCCCUCUGUUUUCUGCUCUGCAUGGGAGGAGCUAUUUCAAUUUGCAGAGUUCCAUAAAAAUCCCUCAGUAGCUUCCUUUCUCCUUAGGUUAAAGUCCUACCAUUCAUACCUAGUCCUGAUUAACUUAGUGCCCGCCAGCCUUUCUAGACUCCAGUCCUGCCCUGUUCUCCCUUGCUCUCCUUGAUGCAGUUCUGUUACACAUCUUCGCAGUUCCUUGAAAUCACCCUCCUCUCUUUUGCCUCUGGGACUUUUAUUAUUUUCUAUUGCCCACAACACUUCUUUGCGUGACUAAUUUCUUUGUGUAUUUCAGAUCUCUUAAAUAGCACUUUUUCAAGAUUUCCUCGAAUUAGGUACCUGUGGUGCUCCCAUGGCACGUGUCUUUUUUAUAUAUAUGAUCCUUGUUAUAGUUGUGUUAUGUCCAUCCUCCCUCAGGUAGCCUCUAUUCCCAGGGUCUCCAAGACACAUAGUGUGACACCACUACAUAGUUGAGUAAAUACUCUCUGGAGAAUUUUCUCCUUCUGUCACUGUCGUUGAGAACAGAUUGUGGGGUCAAAUGAAAGCAUUCAAAGCAAUAACCAGCAGUGUAAGAAAAGUUAAUUGCUACCUUUUAUGGAACAACUACUAUACGACAGGCACUGUGCUAGGCACUUGCUAUUCAGUAUCUCAUUUAAUACCUCUGGACAAUAGUAUUUCCUUUCAUUAAAUCUCGACCUCCGGGAGCGGAAUGAAGCAAAUGGCUCAAGUUACAUGGUAGAACCAAUAUCUGAAUCUACUUCUCUUUAUCGUCUAUUGUACAGUGCCUGGUUAUCUUUCUGAGGAAGAUGGAGUGUGUAUUAAAAGAAAGUUUACUCAAAGCCAAUCUUUAUUCUUUUGUUGCAGCAACAUUGCAUUAGAACAGGAUUUAAAUUGCAGGUGUGCAUCAUUAAAAGUCAGGUGGCUAUAAGGCUGCUUCUUUUUAAUGAGCUAAAUGCAAGCAUGGUUAAAUCAAGAUGUGAAAAAGAUUAAAGUUUGGAAACUUCUUAGAUGAUCAAUGGGACUACCCACCAGAGCGGGCCUCUUGAGUGCCCAAGUUUGUUUUUGCGCUCUGUCCAGUUUAGCCUCUGAUACCAUAGUGCCUCCUCUUCCUGGCCCACUUCCCUCUUUGUGGCUUUUCACACACCCAGGGAGAGACAGUGGAUGUCAUUCUAAUGUAAUCUUGCCUAUCUCCUUAGAUACCAUCUCAAAGGAUUUUAGUGACUGCCUAUAAUACGGUAUUCAGGCAUAGAAAUGAAUUGGCCCCUUCAGUUAACCAGGAUGAUUUUUAAAGGGAAAAAAAUUAGAAAUCUAUCACCAAAUGAGCAUGUUUUAGCGUAUGUUCUGUUAUCAACCUGGGUCCACCCAGAUAGCCAAUUCAGCUAAGGAUAGAAACUAGAAUUCACUGGGGUCCUUAAAAAACACAUCAAAAAUAACAAAAAAAAAAAAAACCAGCACAGGCAUCUAGUCAUUCAAAUAGAUGAAGAUUAACGUGAUUACAGUAGGAAGAAGCUGUUCAAGAAUGCAACCUGUGUCAUAUUUUCUAGAGAGAGUUCCAGAGAGAAUCUAGUUUAUUCAGUCAACAAAGGUUUAUUAUGCAAGCUCAGUAUAUUCCCUGAGCCUUCAAAGUUUUCCUACUUUCCAUUUUAACGCUUACGUUUGACCCCAAAGAUUGAUGACAAGGAAUUAUUUGUAAUUUUGCUGAUGCACAGAUUUGAAUGUGACUUUAAGAUUAAUGAUAAUCUUUAGUGAAUGAGUCUGAUUGCCUCAGAAUUCAUGGCGCUCUGCUCUCUUGUUAAAGGUCUGCAAGAAAGGUCAUGUAAAUGCUUGUUGGUUAUACUUUUUGAAUUUGAUGGAGGCAAUUAUAUGCUUUAGUUGUAUUUACAAAUAUUAAAACUCAAGAAGGCUGGGAGAUGUGUUCUUCAGCGGUGGGUGCUGCUCUGUGCAAAAUGCUGUUUCAUUACGCCUGGCUUUCCCGGGGAAGGCUCAAACUUUUAACUCACUAUUUCUCCUGGGAAAACAGAUGGAGCAAAGAAAUGGAUCCGUGGACUGCUCCCAGUGGGGAAGUGAAACACCGCAAUUGUAGAUUAUAUAGAAGAUUUCUGCUUGAAAGGGGCAAAUCCUGCCCCAAGUAUUGCCUGUCAGGGCACCCGACCUUACCAUGCAACGUGCUCAAAUUCAAGUCCACCACCAUUAUGUUGGACUGUGGACUAGACAUGACUUCCACCCUCAGUUUCCUUCCUCUGCCACUUGUUCAGAGUCCCAGGCUGUCGAACCUUCCUGGCUGGUCCCUGAAGGAUGGAAACGCUUUUCUGGACAAGGAACUAAAGGAGUGCUCGGGUCAUGUGUUUGUGGAUUCCGUGCCUGAAUUCUGCUUACCAGAGACCGAGCUCAUUGACCUGUCCACGGUGGACGUCAUCCUCAUCUCUAAUUACCACUGCAUGACGGCACUGCCCUACAUCACGGAGCACACGGGCUUCAGCGGCACCGUCUAUGCCACGGAGCCCACCGUGCAGAUUGGCAGGCUUCUCAUGGAGGAGCUGGUGAGCUUCAUUGAGAGAGUGCCAAAGGCCCAGUCAGCCUCCCUGUGGAAAAACAAGGACAUUCAGCGGCUGCUGCCCUCUCCCCUCAAGGACGCCGUGGAGGUGGCUACCUGGAGAAGAUGCUACACUAUGCAAGAGGUGAACUCCGCCCUCAGUAAAAUCCAGCUGGUGGGAUAUUCGCAGAAAAUUGAGCUUUUCGGUGCCGUCCAGGUGACUCCUCUGAGCUCCGGCUACGCCCUCGGGAGCUCCAACUGGACCAUCCAGUCCCAUUAUGAGAAAGUGUCCUACGUCUCUGGUUCCUCCUUGCUCACCACGCACCCCCAGCCCAUGGACCAAGCUUCUCUCAAAAACAGCGACGUUCUCCUCCUCACGGGCCUCACCCAGACCCCCACUGCAAACCCAGACGGCAUGGUGGGGGACUUCUGCAGCAACCUGGCGCUGACAGUCCGGAACGGAGGAAACGUGUUGGUUCCCUGCUACCCUUCUGGAGUGAUCUAUGACCUCCUGGAAUGCCUGUAUCAGUACAUUGACUCAGCCGGCCUCUCCAACAUCCCCUUCUACUUCAUCUCCCCCGUGGCCAACAGUUCGCUGGAGUUUUCCCAGAUUUUUGCUGAGUGGCUGUGUCACAACAAGCAGAGCAAGGUGUAUCUCCCAGAACCGCCCUUUCCUCACGCAGAGCUCAUUCAGACCAACAAGCUGAAGCACUACCCCAGUAUCCACGGGGACUUCAGCAACGACUUCCGGCAGCCGUGCGUGGUGUUCACCGGGCACCCUUCCCUCCGCUUCGGGGACGUGGUGCACUUCAUGGAGCUCUGGGGCAAGUCUAGUCUCAACACCGUCAUAUUCACAGAACCCGACUUCUCGUACCUGGAAGCCCUGGCUCCCUACCAGCCCUUGGCCAUGAAGUGCAUCUACUGCCCCAUCGACACGCGGCUGAAUUUCAUCCAGGUCUCCAAGCUGCUGAAAGAAGUGCAGCCCCUCCACGUGGUCUGUCCUGAGCAGUACACGCAGCCGCCCCCCGCGCAGUCACACAGGAUGGACCUGAUGAUCGACUGCCAGCCGCCCCCCAUGUCCUACCGGCGGGCCGAGGUCCUCGCCCUGCCCUUCAAGCGUCGCUACGAGAAGAUUGAAAUCACGCCAGAGCUCGCAGAUUCCCUGGUGCCCAUGGAGAUCAAGCCUGGCAUUUCCCUGGCAACCGUUUCGGCUGUGCUGCAGACUAAGGAUAACAAGCACGUCCUGCAGCCCCCACCGAGGCCGGCCCAGCCCACCAGCGGGAAGAAGCGGAAGCGGGCGAGCGACGACAUCCCCGACUGCAAAGCCCUGAAGCCCCUGCUGAGCGGCUCCAUCCCCGUGGGCCAGUUCGUGCAGACCCUGGAGAAGCACGGCUUCAGCGACAUUAAGGUGGAAGACACCGCCAAGGGCCACAUCGUGCUGCUCCAGGAAGCCGAGACGCUGAUCCAGCUGGAGGAGGACUCCACCCACAUCAUCUGCGACAACGACGAGACGCUCAGGGUGCGCCUGCGGGACCUCGUCCUCAAGUUCCUGCAGAAGUUCUAGGCGGCACCUCGGCGCCCCUCCUGCAGCCACCCGUGGGGCCGGCCAGCCAAGGAAGGGCAGCCUCUUGGGCCCCUGGUUGGGGGGCUGGGGGGCGUGCGAGGACCUCAUGGGGCAGGCCCAGCGCCCCGGGCCUGCGCUCCCAGCACCGCUGCAGGCAGGACAGACGCUUCCCGGUUCCUUCUCGAGCCAAGGACUCGCCUGUCGGUCACGGAAGCGCUUUCUGAGCAACGGCUGAAGGGAGGUGGCGCGACCGGCUCCGGCGGCCUGUUUCACGUUCGUGGAUUCGCACUCCCGGGGCAGGGACCUCGUCUUUGGUUUCGUGUCACUUACUGCACUGCUGUACCCAGUAGACGCCCCCUAAUUAGUAACGUGAUCUCAUCUCUCUGUAUUUUAUAUUGCGAGCCCAUUUUGUUAAUAAAACUUAUUUUUUUAUAGACAUCCGCGUUCUGUUGAACCCACAGUUGACACACUGACUUAGGAACAGGCCGGCAUCAACUUCAGAAACACCUCAGCGGGUUUUAGAUGGCGUGAGCCCACCC